AGCGAAAAAUCUUCGGCGAGCGGACAGCGAUGCCAAAGCCGACGACCGCCAGCAGCGUGCCAUUGCCGCGCCACCAAAAGCUCCGAAGCAGCGACGAUGGCCUGGACGGCGACAACGAGAAAGGCUUCGAGACCAUGGCGGUGCAGUCGUCGUCAUCGUCCCCCAAGCGGGCGAUGCAUUGCGUCCUUACGUCCCCAGGCAUGCUCGUGAUUGCCAUGCUUGUGGCUGGCGUCCUCGUGCUCAUGGCCCUAGUUUCGUUCUCGGAGGAGCCUACGGCGACGAUACAAGCGCUGCCGCCGAGCGUUGCCACGCUCAUGGAUACGUCCGUCGCACCCUGCGAUGACUUUUACCAGUAUGCAUGCGGCGCGUGGAUCGCCAACACGACGCUACCAUCGGACCGGUCGCGCUACUCGCGGUCGUUUGACAAAAUUAAGGAGGCGAACGAAGCCAUCUUUAUGGAGAUCGUCUACGACAAGUGGCCUCUUCUCUCGGAGCUCUUCACAUCGUGCAUGGACACGGCGACGCUGGAUGUCGUCGGGGCGGCCCCGCUGGCUGCUGGCAUUGCCAUGCUUCGCGCGGCAACAACAAAAGCAGAUCUCGUGCACGCCAUGGGCGAGCUCUCGUCGCGAAGUGCGCUGUCGUUUCUGAUCGACGCAGGCAUCUACGCGGACGAGAAGAACUCGACGAUCAACUCGCUCCAUAUCUCGCAAGGUGGUCUCACGUUGCCCGACCAAGACUACUAUACCAACGCAACGCGGUUCGCAGUGUUUGAGCCUGCGCUUCGCACGUAUGUGCGCGAGCUUCUGACGCACAUUGACUACCCCAAAGUUCCCGAGGCCGUCGAGACCAUUGUGGCGCUCGAGGUGAACCUCGCACGCGCGAGCGUGACCAAAACCGCACUGCGCGACCCGCUUCGUACGUACAACAUCGUGCGGGACAUCAAUGCGAGCUACCCGCUGGUGCUUGGCGCGUUCUUUGCCGGCGCCAAGCUGCCAUUGACGCCGACGUCGGCCGUGAUUGUAGCGACGCCGUCGUUUCUCGACUACGCAGAGAAUUUGAUCAAGUCGACGCCACUGGAAUCACUCCAAACAUUGUUUGUGUACCAGUACACGGCCAGCAUGGCAUCGGCUCUGUCGUCGCCGUUCCGCAACACGUCGUUUGCGCUCUAUGGUCGCGCGAUUGGGGGCCAGGAACACCCACGACCGCGCCAGAAGCAGUGUCUCUCGAGCGUCAACGAGUAUCUCGGCGAGCUACUGAGCCGCUACUACUUGCAGAGGACCUUUCAGCCAGACGCGCUGGCCGCGAUUCAGGCGCUCGUCGCUUCGCUUGUCGAGACGUUCCAUGGGCGCCUCAUGGCGGCUGCAUGGAUGGACGCCGAAACAAAAGCGGCGGCCAUUGCCAAGCUUCGCGCCAUGUCGUCGCUGUUGGGCUACCCGUCACAGAAGCUCAUGUACACAGGGCUGGUGCUAUCGCCGUCAGAGUACUUUGCCAACGUCCAGCAACUGACGCACCUCAUGCAUGUUCGUGCCGUCGCCAAGCUCCAUCUGCCUGUCGACAAGGACGAGUGGCUCAUGCACGCGCACGAGGUCAACGCGUACUACAACCCGCUGGCCAACCAGAUUGUGUUUCCAGCGGGCAUUCUCCAGCCGCCCUUCUUUGACGCGCACCAGGACCUCGUGCUCAACUAUGGCGCGAUUGGCAUGGUCAUAGGGCACGAGAUCACGCACGGCUUUGACGACCAAGGGCGCAACUUUGAUGCGACCGGCAACAUGCAGCCGUGGUGGUCGGAUGCGACCGCCCAGCGCUUUGAGGCCAAGACGUCGUGCAUCGCCACGCAGUAUACGUCGAUGGCCGUACGCAACGAGUCGUCGGGCGAGCUCCUCGGGCACGUGAACGGCCGCUUGACGCUCGGCGAAGACAUUGCCGACGUCGGCGGCCUCCGCGUCGCGUUUGACGCGUACACGGCAGCCAUGACUGCGAUCCAUAGCAAGGUGCGCGAGCAGCUCUUCUUCCUCUCGUUCGCGCAGAGCUGGUGCACAAAAGCCACCGACCAAGCGCUGCAAAGCUCGCUGGACGACGUCCACCCGCCGGCCAAGCAGCGCGUGAACGGCGCCGUCAUGAACAACGAGGCGUUUGCCCGUGUCUUUAACUGCCCCGCGGGCGCGCCGCUCCAUCCGCGCGAGAAAUGCAACGUCUGGUAAACCUUUCGUGACGACGGCGUCGGUUCGAUCCCACCCACCGCCUCUGCACCUCGUGGGAAUAGCUCUUGGGAAUAUACGUGGAUUACGCCUACGAUUACCUUGGCGACAUCGCGAAACGCUGGCGCGCAGACACGUCGGUGCGGU